UAGGUUUUGCAGCUUCUGCAAGUGCGAGUGUUUUGGAAUUUUUUAUUUAUGAAUUUUGGAGCAGAAUUCAAAUAAAUUUUGUGAUUUACUCUUGAAAUGUAAAGAAUUUAAUAUAUUAGAAAAAAUGAGCAAUAAAGUAUUUAUAUUGGAUAAUGGGGCCUACUUUGCAAAAGCCGGUUUAUCAACGGAAGAUCCAAAGUUGGUACCAAACUGCAUAAUGAAAGCAAAAAGCGAACGACGGAGGCCAUUCAUAGGGAACCAAAUCGAAGAAUGUCGAGAUGCCUCAGGACUUUUCUACAUUCUCCCAUUCCAGAAAGGUUAUCUCAUCAACUGGGAUAUUCAGAAAACAGUCUGGGACUAUAUAUUCUCGAAAGAAUGUUGUCCUGUGAACUUGAGCCAAAUGCCCAUAAUAAUUACCGAGCCUUCCUUCAAUUUUCCCUCGAACCAAGAAGCCAUGGAAGAAAUCUUCUUCGAGGAAUACGAUUGCAGCAGCCUCUUGAGAAUCAACUCUGUCAGCCUAUCGUAUUAUCACUACAAGAAUAAGAAUCCCAACUCCAAGUGCUGCAUAGUCGUCGACUGUGGUUACAGUUUUACCCACGUAGUUCCAUACAUCAAGAACACCAAAUUUAAGGAAGGCAUUCGACGAAUAGACGUUGGAGGAAAACUUCUCACAAAUCAUCUCAAAGAAAUAAUAUCUUAUCGUCAGUUGCAUGUGAUGGAUGAAACGUACGUCAUCAAUCAAGUCAAAGAGGAUUCCUGUUUCGUUUCUCAGGAUUUUUAUGAAGACAUGGAAACGGCCAAAUUGAAAGGGAGUUCGAAUCCGAUAGUCAAAGAUUACGUUCUUCCAGAUUUCACGAGCUUAAGACGAGGAUUCCUUCAAGAUCCGGGAGUUGAGAGUGAACAGCAGACUCUGAGAUUGAACAACGAGAGAUUUUCCAUACCUGAGAUACUUUUCCAUCCUUCUGAUGUGGGAAUUCGACAAAUGGGAAUUCCGGAGGCGAUUAUUGAUUGUUUAAAAGCUUGUGAAGAAGAAACUUGGCCACAUUUGCUUUCUAAUAUCAUUCUCACUGGGGGAAGCACCAAGUUUCCGGGAUUUCGGGAUAGAAUCUUCAAGGAUGUGAGAAGUCUUGCUCCGAUUGAGUUUCCGGUUAACGUUGUGCUAGCCGAAAAUCCAAUAACCUAUCCGUGGGAGGGUGGAAAGUUGCUUUCGAAAGAUCCAACGUUUUCUAGUUUUUUGGUGUCUAAAGAAGAAUAUGAAGAAGAGGGACAUACAAUUUGUUUCGAGAGGUUCGAUACUUAAUGUUUUAUUUAUUAUAAUUUUUUAUAACAAAAAUAUGUCAGAAGAAGGAAAAUACA